GCAGGCAUUACACUAGUAUUACUGCUUACUAACCCAGGAACAGCAAGAUGACUAACAGGAUGGAAUACUUAACUUUCUUCAAUGGACAGAAGAUGCCCAUUCUAGGGCUUGGAACAGCACAGGCACUGGGAGAUGAUGUAGAGAAGGCAAUAGACAAAGCUCUAGAGAUUGGGUACAGACACAUAGAUACAGCCCAGAGGUAUAACAAUGAAGCUCAAAUUGGGAGGGCAUUGAAGAAAUGGCUUGAUUCUGGAAAAAUCAAGAGAGAAGAUCUUUUUAUUGUGACAAAGCUGCCAUCGACAGGAAACCGUGCAGAAUGUGUGGAGAAGCACCUGAAGCAGUCACUGCAUGACCUGCAGCUGGACUAUGUCGACUUGUACCUUGUGCACCAACCAACUGGUUUCCAGGACGUGGACCCAAAGGAUAACGGAGGCAAAAUGUUGCUCGAUGUGAACACAGACCAUGUCAGCCUAUGGAAGGCGAUGGAGGCGCAGGUAGAUGCAGGUCGGGCCCGAUCUAUCGGACUGUCCAACUUCAACGCGAGGCAGGUAAAGCGCGUGUGGCAGUCGGCACGCAUCAGGCCAGCCAACCUGCAGGUGGAACUGCACGUCUACUUCCAGCAGGCCGAGCUGCGUGCGUUCUGCCGGGCCCUUGACGUCACCGUCUGUGCCUACAUCCCACUGGGGGGGCCACACCGACAGCCUCCCAGCCACAAUGCAAAUGCUGCAGAUGCUAACAAAUUGUUGAACCAUAUUCAACUAACUAACCCAGUAGUUUCACAAAUCGCACAGAAGCACAGCAAGACAAAUGCCCAAAUACUGCUGCGGUACCUCAUUCAACUCGGCGUGGCAGUAAUACCAAAGAGCACCAACCCGGACCGUCUACAGCAGAACUUUGAUGUGUUCAACUUUGAGCUGUCUCCAGAAGACAUGGACAUGCUGGAGCGCCUGGAUAAGGGACCUGCAGGGCGACAAGUCCGGGGCCACAUUCCGGAAAUGGCAAACCAUCCAGAAUAUCCUUACAAUGAGCGCUACUAGUUCAGAGAGAAGAGCAUGACAGACGAACGUGUACGGAUGUCUCUCUUCUGAAGAUUGUAGAGCCAUCUGGGGAGAAGCAUGCAGGAAGGAAAACG